UUCCUGGACGUGUUACGAACAGAUGGAUAUUUGUUGGAAGACAGGAAGAGCAAACAGAUAAGAGUAAAGACAGAGAGACUAAAGGGUUUAGAGACAGAAACAGAGGAAUUCGGAACAGUGAGUUCAACGCCUGACUCCACCCCUUCCUGCUCAGAUGGUGGAAACGAGGAGUCCGACUUCCCUGAACUGCAGACAGCCAGGGAGUGGUCUGAGGAUGAGGAAGGUCCAGACAUUGAAGAUACUGAUGAAUGUCUCAGCAGCUCUUCCAUAUGGGGCACACCUCGCCAGAACUCGUUCGAGCUCACCUUUUCCUACUUUGCCCUUUCUGAGAGCGACUGCUCACCACGGAGAGACUCAGGGCGGCGAAGGGCCGGAGGAAGAGGCAGCCGAGGUUCGUUAAACCGCACGGAUACCGCGGAAAGUCAGUUACCUCCGGAUUCCCCCGCUGUGGACUGGGACCCCCACACUUACCUCUCUGAGGAAGGAGAGGGAGAUGCGGAGCAGGAGGAUUUGCCGCAGACUUUAGAGCCCUCCGCACAGGACUGGAUAGAGGAGUUUCAGGAGAAAGACUCAGCAACAUGCAAAAGAUCGGAGGAGAUCUCAGGCAUCCAGACGCAUAGUUUAAAGUACAGUCAUCCAGAUGAAUCAUCCACAGGUGCUUAUGAAAUUACGAUUGUGUGCAUACAACAGCAUUUGACACAUUCUGUGUGAGUGUUUGGGGUGAGU